AUGUCCUGCAAUGUGCAUUUGCACCCAACAGCUUUCGAUGCUGAGGGCCGCCCAGUGAAGUUUGACACCUGGCUCGAUGACCUGCACCUCUUCCUACAGCUCACUGCCAAGGAGGACAUCUCACUGUACGAUCAUGCCCUCGGCCAUACUACUGCCCCUCCUACUACUGCUGACAGCACUGCCCGCUCGCAGUGGCAGACUCGUGACGCCCACGCUCGCUUUGCUAUUCGCAACUCCCUGCCGAUAGAUGAGCGCGAGCACUUUGGCCAGCAUAAGACCGCUAAGGAACUGUACACUGCUGUCGUUGCUCGCUACUCCUCACCUGCUUCUGCCACGCUAGGCCGCCUCUCACUCCUCUACCUGUUCCCCGACCUGGCCUCCUUUCACACAGUUGCUGACCUCAUCACCCACCUCAAGACUAGUGAGGCCCGCUUCCGCGCUGCUAUGCCCGAUGAGUUCCUUGCUAGGAACCCCCCCCCGCUCUGGCUCACUCUUUACCACAUCGUCACCCGCCUCCCUGACUCUCUGCGCGCAGUCAGGGAUCACUUCCUCGCUCGCUGCCCCACUGAGCUCACCAUUGCCCUCCUCGAGAAGGAACUACUUGCAGCUGAGGCGAGCAUCGUCGCUGUAGCCUCUGCUUCUGCUGUCGACCUCCUUGGUGCUGAGAAGGUCGGGGCUGCGUCUGCUCCGAGCGGGCGCCGCAGGAGCAGAGGGGGCAGGGGUGGAGGUGGCGGCGGGGGAGGCGGGGGUGGAGGCGGUGGGAGUGGAGGUGGGGCUAUAGAGGCUAGUGGCAGCAGUGGGGGUGGUGACGGCAGCGGCGGGGGCGGUGGCAGGGGCGGGGGCGGCAGCGGGGGCGGCGGUGGUCGUGGCAGCGGCAGGGGAGGAGGUGGUCGAGGAGGUGGCGGCGGCGGUGGUGGUCGUGGAGGCGCUGGCGGUGGUCUGAGCCAGCAGCACACUCCGUCGCUCCAGGAGGCCCGUGAGUGGUAUUCGCAGCGCGGGGGGGCGGGUGGCUUUAGCUGCACUGGAGAGGGUGCUCAGUACCUGCGUGUUCCGCCCGAUCCGGGCAUUCCGACCAGUGAGGCUGCCGCUCUAGGUGCUAGUGAGACUGCCACUGCAGGUACUCGCGUGUCUGCUACCUCAGGUGAUGGUGAGGCUGCUGCUCUAGGUGCUAGUGAGUCUGUCCCCCCUGGUACUGAGUCGACUGAGGCACUGCACACCUUCACCCUGGACUCAGGUGCUUCUCGCUGUUUCUUUCGUGACCGCACUGCCCUUGAGCCGCUUGCUCGGCCAGUUGCUGUCUCCCUCGCUGACCCCUCUGGGGGUCCGGUCAUUGCAACCUCCUCCACUGUUCUUCCCUGUCCUGCGGUCCCGACGGGGGUGUUCACCAGUUCACCCCUGCCUACGAGCGCGUGA